AACACGUGCAUGAUUGAAUCGUGUCCUUUUGUAAAUAUAUUUGUUGAUGUUGUUAAUGUUGAUUAAAGUUCAUCAUUAUUAAUAAUAUUAAAGUUAUAUACAAAAUGAAUUAGUUAACUAUUGGUAUAAAUUUUAUAUCGUAUAUUAAAAAAGAUAAGUAAAAUGGAGGAGCAGAGUAUUUUAACAUCAAAGUCAUAUCAACGUGCUAAAACAAACUUGAAAGAUAAAUUAAAAUCAAUAUUUUUGGAUCAUUAUCCGCAUCAUUUAAUACCUGGAUAUAAUUUACACAGCAAUUUUUCUAUGGAUGAUUCUGAUUUAGAAAAUGUCAUAGAACAAUAUCAAGAAUAUCCUUAUCAUUGUGAUUUACCAAAACCUUUAUUGCCACCUGCUAAAGUACCUAGAAAUGUGUUGAAUGAAGAAGAUCCAGCAUUAGAAUUAGUGACUCUUAAGAAUUAUUUGAACAGUGAUAAAGAAAGAAUGAAGGAUUAUUAUUUAAAACACAAGAAAGAGCUAAAAUUGAUACACAAGAAGGAUGUAAAGUGGAAUCGCACCAAAAAUAUGAUUAUUGCUAAAGUGCCUAAAUAUGUAGCAGACAUAGCACAAAUCAUUGAUAAAGACCCAGAUCCUUACUUUGAGGGAGUUUAUAAUUGGUAUUAUACUGGUGGAUCUGUAGACUGUGUACAGUUACACAAUAAAAAUAGUUUACUUUUUCCAUUUAUGGGAGAAUUAGUAUGUACUCCUAUUGAUAAUAUAGAAGAAUUCUUAUGGAAACCACAGUUUGAAAAGGCUGCAAAAUGUGAACUUAAUGAUUCAUUAUAUGAAUUGAAACAUACUAUUGAUACAUCUAUAGUUUUAGGUAGAUAUAAACAACAUUGUAAUUUUUAUAGAUUAUCUGAACAUGAUAAUAAAUUUAAUCUUACUGAAAUACAUACACAAACAUCAAAAAUACCUUACAUUGGUGCAGAUUUAAAUUCUAUUAAUACAAAUCAGUAUUGUUUGGUAAAUGUUGAAAGAUAUGUAACACUGUGGGAUAUAGUUAAAAUAAAACCAAUAAGUUGUAAUACCAUAAUGCAAAGUACUGUAUUAGAUGAUUCAUGGAGCAGUAUAAAAUUUCAAUCUACAGAUCCUAAUGUUCUUUCAUUUGUAGAUAGAUGUUGUCUUCAUUAUCUUGACAUUCGGAUUCCAUUUAAUCAACCAGUAUUAACAAUGUGUCCAAAACCUUAUUUGGAAAAAUGUGAACAUCUUUCAAUAGAUACUGCUAGUAGAAAUAAUUUUUGUAGAUAUAUAGGAACUUACCAUAGUAUUUUAAUGUGUGAUAAUCGUUCACCACGGCAAUGCGUUCAACAGAAAUGGACUCAUCAAUUUAAAAGUCCACCACUUAUGAGUUCUGUAAUAAAUAGAGAAGAUAAAGAAUUUGUUGUUUUAUCUAGCCAAAUUGCUAGUGAAACUACAAUUAUUGUAAAUACCUGGACAAAUAGUGAAAUUUCAUAUUCAUACAAUUUUCCAUAUAGUCCUCCUCAUAUUAAAGAAACAUUAAACGAGUCUCAAAUGCAAGGAAUGUGCUUAAAUCCAUAUUUGAGAGAUAGAUUUGACCUAUCUAAUACUGGUUCUUUUCUUAUAAAAGAUGAUGCCCAAAAUAUAUUUUUAUUUCUUCAAAAUUCUAUCGGUGACAUAUACUAUCAAUGUUUAACGCAUGAUACUGCAUUAGAUAAAUAUUCACCUAUCAAUGGAAAAUCAUUCCAUAUAUUGAAUGCUUGGCAAAAUGCGAUACCUAUGGAAGCAGAUGCUAUAGUACCUCUUGCAAUGUCUAGCAAGUCAAAUAUGCAAUAUUCUCUUGAAAAUUUUACAAAUAAAAAGUUACGAUUAAAAUAUAAUGAGCAUAAUUCAGACUGUUUCGAACCGAGCUGGAAGCAAUCUCUCGAAAAACUGAAUACUUAUACGGACAUAUUAGCUCCUGAACUUUUAGCUGUAUGGGAUAUGUGUGAAGAAGUUCCACUAUCUUCAACAACAGCACCUCAUCAGAAAGUUUUAAACUGGUUAGAAUCUGCAGAUACAAAAACAUUAAGUUUAUCACAAGAAGAUAUAGAGAAUACAUCAACACCAGUUAACACGCAAGAACUGGUAAGUGUAUCUCAACAAAUGGAUGUAAUUUAUUUGGACGACAGUAAUGUAUUUCAAGAUCUUUUACCAAAAGUAAAAAAAGUACGAAAAAGACAAAAAGUGUAAAGUAUUUUCUAAAAAUAUUUAUUUAUGUGAUUACAAUAUAUAGAGAUUAUUUUUUAUAAUAAAAUAAUAAAACAAAAUAUUUCGAUAUAUUAAUUACUUAUUUAUUUAUAGCAAAAAUUAUACAAUAACAGUUACAUAAAGUGAACGAAUUAGUUAAUGAUAGAUUUUUGUAUUUUACAAUAUUAAAUUUUCUAAUGAUUUAGCGAUCCCAGAAAAGAUGGUUUCCAUUUUGAUGUAAGCACUUUACUACUUUCUUGCUGUGCUUUAUUUUCCUCCUCUUCUAUUUGCAUCUAAACAAAUUUUAUCAUAAGUAUUAUAGAUUUAUUAUAAAGAUAUAUAUCAACGUAAUACUUACCAAGAAUUUUCGUUGAUUUUCUCUAAAAACUUGUAAUGGAUUUUCAAAUUGUCUGUAAUAAUUAAGAACUUCUCGUACAUCUUCCACAUUUGUCGCUAAUAUAGCUAAAAAAAUAAGAAAUACAAUAAAUAAUUAUAAGUACAAAACAUAAUUAAUUAAGAUUGUGAAAAGCAACAUACUUUUAAGGAAUGCAGCUAAAUCAUAUAGCGUUGUAUCAUCGUCAUUACCAGUCCAUUGCGGUAGUCGUAAAGUGUUUUCGGGAUGAAAUUUUGUGUUCUCUGAAUUCCAGUCGACUACUAUAACCUAAUGAUAAACAAUAUAUAUUAUAAAGAAAUUAUUUUCCGUAAAAAAUAUGAAUUUAACACUUACUUUACUAAGAUCACGAUUAAGAGCAUUUAAAUCCUUAACGUGGUGGCCAUCUACAAAACGUGUUGUAUCUCUUACUAGUCUGUACAUGAUAUAUCCAUUAGGAUCCAAAAUAUCCAAGAUAGGAAAAACAGUCUGAAGGUAUUAUAUUACAUAAAUAAUGUAUUGAAAUGAUAAGUAAGAUUGAUAAUAAUUUAGUGCUAAUUGUUGUUUACCAUUCCUUGUUCUGCCGUAUAUACUACAAUUUCAAAUUGUGGUGGAGCUAUAGCUUCUAGAAAUUGGUCCACCCCGGGUCUCUUUUUAAACCUCCAACCAGUUUCAUACUAAAUAUUCAAUUAGAAAU